AGUGACGGCAGCUCCAGCGGAACUUCGUCCACAGCCGACGUGAGCUCCUGCCAGGCACUAACGAUCAUCCACGUCACUUUCGAUACACCACUACCAGAAUACUGAUCCUAAUUUCUUCAUCUUCCUUUUCCUUUCACUUUGCUUGAGCUUGGAUAAAUCCUAGUCGACCGACAACACCGCCACAAUGACGCUCGAAGCGACGAUGAUUAUUGUCGAUAACAGCGAAAGCAGUCGGAAUGGAGAUUACACAUCGACACGAUGGCAGGCGCAGGUCGACGCCGUGAGCGUCAUCCACAGCGCCAAGAUGCGCGCAAACCCUCAAUCUGCGGUCGGUCUGAUGAGCAUGGGAGGUAAAGGGCCGGAGGUGCUGUCGACGUUCACAACGGAUUUUGGCGGUAUCCUUGCUGGUCUGCACCGGACCAAGAUUCACGGCACCACGCAUCUAAGCUCGAGCAUACAAGUUGCGGGGCUUGCACUGAAGCAUCGGUCGGAAAAGUCCCAGCGACAACGGAUUAUCGUGUUCUCCUGCUCCCCCAUCGCCGACGAUGAAAAAUCCCUGGUGAAGCUGGCCAAGAAGAUGAAGAAGAUGAAUGUUUCGAUCGACGUGAUUGCUUUUGGGGACCUGGAAUCCGACCAGACGAAGAAGCUCGAGGCCUUUGUCGAGAAUGUCAAGGGUGGUGACGGCUCCCACCUGGCGAUCAUCCCACCGGGCCCCAACCUGCUCAGCGAGGAACUGCAGGUCACACCGAUCCUGGGUGCCGAGGGUGCCGAGGGCGCCCCGGGCGCAGGACCGGAGGGCGGUGACUCGGGGGCGUUUGGUUUCGAGGAUGCAGCCGAGAACGACCCGGAGCUGGCGUUCGCCCUGCGGUUAUCUCUGGAGGAGGAGAAGAAUCGGCAGGAGAAGGAGAAGCUCCAGCGGGAAGGACAAGAAAGACGACGAGAUGGAUACCGCAUAGUUUAGAUGACAAUUGAUCCUUUGCAUACCCGGUAAACCUACUUGAGAAAGAAAGAAGAAGAAAAAAAAAACCCCCUAUGUGUGUAUCUAUGCUAUGUACAAAAAAGUAGGUAGUUACCCGUCAACUGUUAAAAAGAAGAAGAGGAU